AUGAGUGCGACGUCUUCCUUCAGGAGCGUUCCAAGAGCCGCCUUGAUCACAAAGAAAUUGUUGCAGCGUUUCUCGAAGUACUACCGCGGAAUCCUCCUCCUAACCUCCAACCGCGCGGAGAGUAUCGACCGGGCCCCGCAGAGCAGGAUCCACCUCACGCUACAAUACCCGGACCUGCAGCCCUGUGCGAGAGAGCACAUAUGGCGACAGUUCGUGGCUCAGUCAGCGGAAAGCAAAGUAACGGAUGAGGCAUAUGCGAGGCUUGCGCAGCUGCCCGUCAAUGGCAGGCAGAUCAAGAAUGUUGAUAAGAGUGCUACGCCGUUGGCUACACGGCAGGAUACCCACGUCAGGGUUGAGCAGAUUCGGACUAUUCUGAGGGUCACGUGGAAAGCGGCAGGUGUAGAGAUUUGA